UCCCACUGCGAACAACAGUGAUGAUGAAAAUUUAGAUAUUGGACAAAUGACGACUAUAUGUCGAUAUUGCAAUGCGUUGAAGUUCAAAAGAGACACGGCUGGAUUGUGCUGCGCAAGUGGAAAAGUCAAACCAUCCGGAUCCAUUGCUUACACCACCACAGCCACUGAAACCAUUGUUUGAUGGAAGUGAUCCCGAUUCUAGCCAUUUUCUUCAACACAUCCUUGAAUACAAUAACUGCUUUCGCAUGACUUCCUUUGGAGCUAAUAUCAUUCGAGAAGACGGAUUCAUGCCCACUUGCAAGAUACAAGGACAAAUAUAUCAUUUGCAUGGUUCAAUGGUGCCAAGACCAGAUGAACCGCAUCAAUUUUUGCAAAUAUAUUUUAUUUCGUCGAUGGUGGAUCAGCUGAAUGUGCGGUGCAAUAUACAGGGAACACAGCAGUUAAAGAGACGAAUUAUUGAACAGUUACAAGCAUUUUUUCACACUAAUAAUGCUGUGGUUAAUAUGUUCAAAACGGUGGGGUGCAAUAACGUCACUAUGACUUUAUUUCCAAUUGGAAUGGAAAUAAAGGCACUGGCCAUUAUUUCCAAUUGAAAUGGAAAUAAGAACACAUUAAAAUGGACUGUAAAUGAGAAAUAAAGACACAUUCCACAUA